UGUGAGCUACAGCCGUGUUUCUCUCCUGAAGCCUGUGUGAACACUGUGGGGGGGUUCAGCUGUCAGCCCUGCCCUCCGGGCCUCUGGGGGGCACCGCUGGCUGGAACCGGACUGGACUACGCCAAGACGCACAGACAGGACUGUGUAGAUAUUGAUGAAUGUUUGGAUCUCCCCGACGCCUGUGUAUCAAACUCUGUGUGCAUCAACACUGUGGGUUCAUAUAAGUGCGGCGGCUGUAAACCCGGUUUCCUCGGCAACCAGACCUCAGGUUGCUACCCCAGGAAGUCGUGUGCCGCGUUGACCUUUAACCCCUGUGACACCAACGCGCACUGCACCAUGGAGAGGAACGGAGAGGUCGCCUGCAGGUGUAACGUGGGUUGGGCUGGUAAUGGUAACACAUGUGGAACGGACACGGACAUCGACGGGUAUCCCGACCGCUCUCUGCCCUGCAUGGACAACGACAAACACUGCAAACAGGACAAUUGCAUGCUUACACCAAACUCUGGUCAGGAGGACGCCGACAACGACGGGAUCGGAGAUCAGUGCGACGAGGACGCAGACGGAGACGGCAUCAAAAACGUGGAGGAUAACUGCCGUUUGGUCCCAAACAAAGACCAGCAGAACUCGGACAGCGACUCGUUCGGAGACGCCUGUGACAACUGUCCCAACGUCCCCAACAGCGACCAGAAAGACACCGACAGCAACGGACAGGGAGACGCCUGCGACCAGGACAUCGACGGGGACGGGAUUCCCAACGUUCUGGAUAACUGUCCGAAGGUCCCGAACCCGAUGCAGACCGACAGAGACAGAGACGGAGUGGGAGACGCCUGUGACAGCUGUCCUGAACUCAGCAACCCCAUGCAGACGGACGUAGACAACGAUCUGGUGGGAGACGUUUGUGAUACCAACCAGGACAUGGACGGAGACGGUCACCAGGACAGCAGAGACAACUGUCCGGACAUCCCCAACAGCUCGCAGCUGGACUCCGAUAACGACGGCCUUGGUGACGACUGCGACCACGACGACGACAACGAUGGCGUCCUCGACGACUAUGACAACUGCCGACUCAUCGUCAACCCUAAUCAGAAAGACUCAGAUGUGAACGGCGUUGGAGACGUCUGUGAGAACGACUUUGAUAAUGACGCGGUGAUGGAUUUGAUCGACGUGUGUCCGGAGAGCGCUGAGGUCACUCUGACAGACUUCAGAGCCUAUCAGACCGUGAUCCUGGACCCAGAGGGCGACGCCCAGAUCGACCCCAACUGGGUGGUUCUCAACCAGGGUGAAGCUGUUUGAGGGGACAGACAUGGUGGCGGACUCCGGUGUUGUGAUCGACACCACGAUGAGAGGAGGCAGGCUUGGUGUCUUCUGUUUUUCUCAGGAAAACAUCAUCUGGUCCAACCUGCGCUACAGAUGCAAUGACACAGUCCCCGAAGACUUCCAGUCUCAUCGUAAACAGGUUCUGAUGCACAUUCAGGUCUGAGAGGAAGACGAACUUUAACUGUAGUCUGAGUGUGUGUGCAUUUGGAAUGAGUGUGUGUUGAAUGAAAGGUGGAGUUCAGGUGUCAGAGCAACAGUCUGGAGAAACACUGACCAAAAAGCUCCUGAACGCACCUUUAAAAAUCUCACUCCAGGCUGCAGGCGUUCUGUCGUGUUUCUCCAGACAAACAUGAGCUCUUCAGUUAAUGUUCAUGUUUAUCAGUGACGUUUAAAAAGACAAAUUCACGGAAGAGUUCGUUUCCAAAAUACUGUACGUCCAUUAAAGGAGCUGAAAGAGGAUCCGGUCUGAUGUUUCAUUGUGGAAUAAAACUCAGAUAACAGGCCGACUGCUGAAAAGCGAUAAGCUAAUGGUACAGACAGAUCAAAAGUUCUUUUACAUGUUCCUGUGUAUUUUCAAAUGUACAUAUCUUUCUCCCAAUAAAGGCCCAUUUUCCUAAAA